AUGGGCCUUGGAUUAGGCACUGGAAGUUCUAAAUCCGUUAAUUCACGGGAUACUCAACCCCCACCAGUCGAUGCGAGGACUGUCGAACUCCCUCUUAAUCAUUUUGGAUCGGACGCGGGUACAUUUCUCAACAGAUACUGGGUCUAUUCGGAAAAAUACAAAUCAGGCGGUCCCAUUUUCAUCUAUGACACCGGCGAAAGCGAUGCUGAGCCAAGCAGCGCAUUUUUUCUGAGCGACCCACGUAGCUUCUUCAACCAGAUCUUGGAAGAAUUCAAUGGUAUCGGCAUUGCCUGGGAACACCGAAUGUAUGGCAAGUCGGUACCCGAAAACUUUUUCAAUGAUACGUCGUUGGACCGCUUCAAAUAUUUGACUGUCCCACAGGCACUUGCGGAUGUUGACGCUUUUGCGAAGCAAUUCAGUUUGCCAUAUAUCAACGCGACGCUCACUGCCGAUCACACGCUGUGGGUUUUUAUUGGUGCCUCGUACUCAGGAGGAAGAGCUGCUUGGGUGCGCAACAAAUACCCAGAUACUAUAUAUGCAUCCUGGGCCGCGGCAGCUACCGUUGAGGCCAUGGUCGACAUGAGUUACUAUGCCGAUGCAGUAUGGACUGGAAUGAAUGCCAGAGGCUUUGGCAACUGUACUCGGGACAUACAAGCUGCGAUCCGAUAUAUAGACCACAUCAUGGACACGGACCCACAAGCUACUGCCAAACUGAAAGAACAAUUUCUCGGUAUUGGCAGUGCAAACAUCUCGAAUGUGGAUUUUGUCGGGACAUUUGACGUUUUCUAUAGCGACUGGCAGAUAUAUGACAUGGACGGCUACCGUUUCUCCCUCCGGAAAUUCUGUGAUAUGUUAGAGACGGAUCCUAAGACGAACCAAACGGCACCAAAGGAUGGCUGGGCUCCGACCAAGGGUGCCAAAUCGGUGGUGGACAAGUGGGCUGUCUACCCCGAUUAUUCCAAGACUGUGAUUCAGGAUUCGGAUGCGCAAUGCGCAACCAAUGGGACAAGUUCAAACAAUUGCUCGUCUGAUGUUCAGACGGUGGACCCUAACUAUCUUUCCUGGAGAUGGCAGGCUUGCACUGAAUGGGGGUACCUUCAAUCAGCCAAUGUUGGACCUUACCAGUUAGUUUCUAAGUAUGAAACUUUAGAGUCACAGCGCGAUGCCUGCCAUCAACUUUUCGACAAAUCACCGCCUUCUGUAUUCCCAGAAUGGCCUAAAGUGCAGGAAUUCAAUAAGGCCUUGGGAGGAUGGCACAUUCGCCCUUCAAACACAUACUGGUCAGGUGGAGAAUUCGAUCCUUGGCUUCCUACCGGUCCUUUUUCUCAACGACCUGGCGCUCCAAAAGUCGAGAUUACGCAGGAGAUUCCCAAAUGCGGAGAGAGUACUGGGAAAGAUAGGUUGUUUGGUAAGCUGAUAAAAUGUGGGGUCCACGCGUCUGAUUUCAACACACCGGGACUUGAUUACAAUAUCAUCCCCGAUUCAGUGAAGAGCCAGGAUCUUUUCAAGAAAGCUCUGAAAGAGUGGCUGCCCUGUUUCGACCAAAGAACAAAGCUGCAACGUCGUUCAAAGCAUGAGCCCGAGUCGAUGGGACGCUUUCGUUCUUUCUUUUAG